GCGACUCCGUCCACCACGAUUAGUAUAUGUCCAACAUUAACUAACAGUGUCAUUAGAUACAUUGUUAAUAAGUUGAUUUAGUUUAAACCUGGUUUUUGUGUUAAUAGUGUUGUGAUUGAGUGAAAAUAAAAAAUCGGAAAUGAUUAAAUUUUCAGUGUCUGAAGCCAUGAAGAUCGGAUUCAUCGGGGGCGGCCGGCUGGCCUUCGCUCUGGCCAACGGGUUCAUUUCUGCAGGGCUGGCGAAACCUGAAGAAAUCACGGCAAGCGUGCACCCUGCUGAUACCGCCAGUGCUGAAGCGUUUAAGGGCCUGGGAGCCACCGCCAUCUUUGAGAACAAGCCAGUGGUGGAGCGUUCAGAGGUGGUGAUAGUGUCCGUCAAGCCAGAGGUCGUGGGGCCGGCGCUGCGCGAGGUCCGCGAUCUGCCCGCAUCCAAGGGAAAGCUGUUCAUUUCAGUGGCCAUGGGCGUGUCUACGGCUACCAUUGAGAAGAACCUUCCAUCAGAAGCCCGCGUGAUCCGCGUCAUGCCUAACACCCCCGCCCUUGUCAAAGAGGGCGCGGCCGCGCUCAGCCGCGGAGCCAAGGCCACGGCUGACGACGCCAAGUUAGCUGCCCAGCUGUUCAGGGCCGUGGGGAGCUGCGACGAGGUCCCGGAGUACCAGAUGGAUGCAGUCACGGCGCUGAGCGGCAGUGGACCUGCUUAUGUUUACAUGCUCAUAGAAUCCCUGGCCGAUGGCGGUGUGCGCUGCGGUCUCCCCCGCGACCUGGCGCUCCGCCUGGCCGCACAGACCACCCUGGGUGGAGCCGCGAUGGUCCGCAACGGUGGACACCCCGCGCAGUUGAAAGAUAACGUGACCAGCCCUGCUGGGUCUACCGCUGAUGGGACUUAUCACUUGGAAGAGAAUGGUUUCCGAUCAGCCGUCAUCGGCGCAGUGAAGGCAGCCGCUGAUAGAUGUAAAGUAGUCAACCAACAACUAAACAAUUAGGAACUGCUUUUAAUGAUGUGCCAAAUGAGCCUUUACGUUUGAGAGAAUAAAUUUCUCAUUGUUGAAUAAAAUAAUAAAGCUAAUUGUUAUUGUAUAGAGUCGCGUAGGAGUAAAACGAUCUGAUUUUUGUGACGAAUAUACAGAAAUAUAUUUUAUUUUGUUGAAUA